AUGACAUCGAUUGAUUUCAAUUUUGCCGAGCCAAUCGCCUCAUUAAAUCGGUAUGAUUAUGAAAAUGAUGAUUGUUAUCCAGUCGAUAUUGGAGACAUCAAAGUAUCUCAAUUUAUUGUAUUGAAUUCUCGUCCCUAUAAAGUUGUUGAGGUUGCUCACUCGAAACCAGGCAAACACGGUCACGCCAAGAGUCGUUUAGUUGGCAUUGAUCUUUUUACAGGUAAACGUAUAGAAGAAGUUCGCCCGUGUGGUCAGGUCGUUCAAGCACCAAAUGUUAAAAAAACGGAUUAUUUAUUGGUUAAUAUUGAUAAAGAUAAAUAUUUAACUUUGAUGAAUGAAGCAACAUGUCAACUACGAAGUGAUUUACGUUUGAAAACUGAUCAUGAUUUAGGUGCAAAAAUCUAUGAAAAGUUUAAGAAUGGUGAACAAUUAAAAGUUACAGUAUUAAAGGCUUUAGAUGAAGAAGCAAUUAUAAAUUACAAAGUUGUUGUUGAAUAA